AUGAACGAAGACUUCGUAUUGCUGAGAGAAAGAACCACAACAAAUAAAUGCGGUCAAGAAUUUCAGAGUUGGAGAAGUUCGUAUUAUCUAUUGAACGUUGAUGUUAAUUCGAAUGAUAGUCAAUCGUCAUCAAUAAUAUGUGAUAAUUUGUUCACAGAACAACAAACCUAUAGAAUACCACGAGAAUGUUUAAGUCAUUUUUAUUGUGAUUUGUCUAAAUGUGACGAACAUCAAUUUCGUUGUGUUAAAUUACGUGAAUCAUUAUGUUGUCUGUAUAAAUAUUUUACGAAACAUUGUCGUCUAAAUACGAUUAAAGAAAAUUUUCGGUACAUCUAUUUUCAAUUAUCAGUUCAACAUGGAUAUUGUGAAAUUAAUUUAGAACGAAUUGAAAACAAUGAUGAGACAUAUUGUAUAGCAGAUGAAGACAAUUUUCGACAGCCACAAACAACAACAGUGUUUUAUCCUCAUUAUCAUCAUCAUCAUAUGAAACAUCAUACACAGCAAACUUCGGAACAUCAUCAUCUUCGAAUUUUAAAAACAACAAAACAUUAUCGACGAAAACAAAAUAUUGCCACACGGCACAAUCAUUCGACCAAUCCACAUUAUUUAAGAAAAGUACUGCUUUAUAACCCCGAUGCAGGAGCAAUAAUAAACGAUACAAAUCGUCAAACUAUUCGACUCAUGUUAUUUUAUCCAGUCUUCUUAUCAUUAUUAUUGUCAAAUAGUUUUACAUAA